AUGAGGUGUGCCCUGUUCUUCUCGCAAUCACAUCGCGACUUUCGUUUGGCCGAAAUUGAGGGAAUUUGCCGCGCGUUUGGCAUCGAUUUUGCCCUUUUCAACAAAAUCGGAAUCGAUUCACCUUUACAAGAAGUUGAGGUUCCCGAUGUGAAUAUUGUCAAAAAGAUUCUUUCUCGAUCAAUUCUUCUCAAGGCGGGCUACGAAUAUUUUUUCGAUGCAACUUCUUAUGAAAGUCUACAUGAAAGGAUAAUAACGAAUGGAAAAGAGUUAGCAAAAUAUGACGUCAACGAUCAAACUUGGGCAACUCGUGUGAGACCUUUCGGCAAGAAGAAAGGGGUCGAAUCAGUGAAACAAGCAAGAAUCGUGGCUGAAUGGUUGCCCUUCCACUUGGCACCGAUUGAUUUGAAAGAACCGAUGAAUAAAUUCGUCGUCUUGGAAGAGUACGCAUCGGAAAAAGGUUCACUCCCAACGCGGUUGCAUUUUGUGCGAGAAAUUGGUGAAGGGCAGGGGUGGAGAAAGAAUCGACUCAAUCUGCCAGAUAGAUGUUACAUCGGUAACACGACAAUGGACCCUGAAUUGGCCUUGAUUCAGGCAAACAUCACAUCAAUUCGCGCCACUUCACUUGUUUUGGAUCCAUUUUGCGGAACGGGGGGUCUUCUCGUCCCGGCUGCCGAUUUUGGAGCUUCAGUUAUUGGAACAGAAAUCAACUAUUCGAUCGGUUUUGCGCAGGGGAAAUCGUCAAGACACGACAAGAAGUUGUUGACAAAUGAGUCGGUGGAGGGAAACUUUGUACAAUAUGGAACACGGGAUAAAUUCCUCUCGUUGAUCUUGGCUGACGCCUCACUACACGAUUUAUGGGCAGCAAGGCCGAUUUUUGAUGCAAUUGUCGCCGAUCCACCGUACGGUGUUCGCGAGAAAAGUCGUAAAAUUGGACCAAAGGAACGUAAGGAGCACUGGACUUUGCCGAAGACAGCCCCCGAAGAACAUCCAAAACACUAUCCAGAGAAGCAAACAUACAAUCUCGAUUCGGUUUUUUCGGAUCUUCUCGAUCUCGCGGCCAAAUCGCUUGUUGUUGGUGGAAGGAUUUCUUUCUGGUUUCCUGUGUUACUGGAGAAAUACUCUGACAACAUUUUACCGAUUCAUCCAUGUCUUCGACUGAUGACAAAUUGUGAGCAACGGCUGACAAUAAGAACAAGUCGACGUCUGCUCACCUACGAGAAAGAUCGAGAACCGUUUGAAGAUGAACGAGCGUCGACACGAAUGCUUCAAUUUGAGGAGAAAUCUUUUCGAGAAGUUGCCUUGCAGGUAAAGAAG